AUGACCGAUCCAAACUUCAAGCCCAUGCACGUGACAGUCACUCCAGAACAUUGCCUCGGCAAUGGCGGCCUCGGUCGCUUCUGGAUCCUUCCCGGAUCACGCGAUCGCGCGCAGCAGAUCGCGGAGACUUUCCUCCAGGACUGUGAGGUGAUCGCUUCUCCUCGUGGUCAUGAUGGUUACAUUGGCAAGUACGAGGCCCCUGACGGAACGGUGGUCGACAUUGGUAUUAUCUCUACCGGUAUGGGUGCUCCAAGUGUUGACAUCAUCGCCACUGAGAUGAUCAAGCUUGGUGCCAAGGUCCUCGUCAGAGUUGGUACCGCUGGUGCCAUGCAGAAGACUCUCGGAAUCGGUGAUAUCGUUAUCGUUACUGGCGCUGUUCGUGAUGAGGGUACAUCGAGGCAUUACAUGCCUCUCGAAUUCCCUGCCCUUGGAUCGGCUGCUGUUGUCACGGCAAUGUGUAGCGCUGCCCAACACCAGCUCGAGACGGAAGAUGAAGAGCUCAAGGAAGGUGCUCAAUGGGUCUACGACGCUGGUCCGGUCCAUUCUAAGGAUUCCCUCAUGGCGAGGGAGUUCAAGUUCGGCCCCUAUGCUGCUGAGCACAAACGCUAUAUGGAAGUAUUGGAGAAUCUCGGCUGCCUAGCCUCUGAGAUGGAAGUAGCCAUGCUCUUCAGUCUGGCUCAGGUCUAUGGUGUCAAGGCUGGCUGCGUCCUUGCUAUCAUUGGUGGUGGUGACGGCGCGCCUUUCUCCGAUGAAGCUCAUCUGAAGAGCGAGGCGGUGACUCGUUCAUGCACAAUCGUAUGUCAGGGCAUGGCCCAGCUUAAGAGAAAACUCAUGCGUUACGGGAGGAAGGCAUCCCUUCUCGGACGUUCACUUUCUCAGACCAUCAGUUAA